AUUCCAAAGGGACUUCAGGGAGCUGUGAAGCUGUACAGCCUAUACCAUAUUGCACAACCUAUAUCCUGAUUUAUCAUCAUCUGAAUACUUGCUAUUCAAUACAAAAUACCUACGAAUGCUCUCACCUCUUCCUUUUACAGGCAUCCCUGGGAUACUGUGAUCAAAGCUGCUAUGAGGAAGUACCCCAACCCCAUGAAUCCGUGUGUGGUGGGCGUAGAUGUCCUUGACAGGAGCCUGGACAACCAGGGGAGGCUGCACAGUCACCGUCUUCUGAGCACGGAGUGGGGACUGCCCAGUAUUGUCAAAGCGAUACUAGGAACAAGUAGAACUCUGACUUACAUAGAGGAACAUUCUGUGGUAGAUCCAGUGGAAAAGAAGAUGGAGCUUUGCUCAACUAAUAUUACGCUCACAAACUUGGUGUCUGUUGACGAGAGGCUGGUUUACACACCUCAUCCAGAAAACCCAGAAAAAACUGUGCUAACUCAAGAAGCAAUUAUUACUGUUAAAGGUAUUAGCUUGAGCAGUUAUCUGGAAAGCUUGAUGGCAAGCACGAUAUCUUCUAAUGCCAGAAAGGGUCGGGAUGCCCUGGAGUGGGUGAUCAGCAAACUGAACACAGAACUGGAAGAGCUGAAGUCCACACGAGAGGGGAUCAAACCAGCCAUGGCAGCAGCGUCCACGGAAAAGUAAAGCCAAAUAUUUGGGUUCACCAAAUAAAACCAAGUAACUGACAGAAAAGUCUUACUCUGCAGACUGCUCUGCAGAGCUCCCUCCCAAGGCUGAUGUGCAGAGAUUUUUGUCCUUUUAGAAGAACACUGGAUCAGCAGAAAAGUAACUUCAUCCAUCAUCUCCACAGCAGCUCUUGUUGCUACUGAAGAUUAAACUGACCUCCUGCAGAUGCUCUUUUAAUUUGAAUAAUUUAUGCUUAGCACUGGAAACAAAACAUUUAGCACAUUUAAAACGGCCUAAAUGUGCCUUUUAAAACAAAGGUAGAAGGUAUGUUGUGUUUACACCAUCUCAAGCUGUAAAGCUUGAAAAGGAAGCAUGUGGGAUUAAGGGUUUUCCAUGUGAACCUUUGUUCUGCAAAGGGCUGAUAGGUCCUAGAGCACUGAAUUGUGUCUGGUUUGUAAUCUGAUAAUGUCUUAUGGCCAGUUAAAGGGAACUACAUGAGUCAGAACACGAUACUGUAGAAUUUGAUAUUUAUCUAGAGGAUCAUCUUGAAAGGCUUCAUCUUGUGUAGAACUAACUUUUCUUAGGUUGUUUAAAUGUGCUGCCUGAACAUGACACACAGAUACUUUACCUCUUAGAUGUUUGUAUCCAAACAAAGAUAAAGUUUCUAUUGAUGUUAAUAGCCUAAAAUAGUUUUUCUGGUGGGGAGAAGGGUAUAAUUUAUUUUCUUAUUUAUUAAUUUGUCCUAGUUCCUCCUCUCCAUAUGAGGACAGGGGUAGUGAUUACUGGAAGGUGCUGAAAAAUACUUAUUUAUCUCUAAGAAGGGUAUUUGUAGGCUACUGGAAUGAAGAGACUGUGCUGUUCCACUGGUCCUUGCUCUUCACAUCACGUCUUAACUGAGGGAGAAAUUGAUGCAAUAACCAGAAGAGCUGAAAUGAGAAAUGAGCAGAAAAUUUUAAAUCCAAAUGAUAAGAUUUCAUGAAGAGAAACUUUUCAUUCCCUGAAUGGAAAAAACAAGAGUACAAGAACCACAAAUGGACUCGCCUUUCUAAAUGCUUUCUGUCAACUACUGACUGUCGGUGUAACCAAUCCUUUUCAACACUUUUCCAUGUGGGUACGAAAUGGUUUUAAAAUCCUUUGAAAUGCUCCUCAGUAUCUGGAAAAAUAUCUCCAAUAACUGCAGAAACUUUCCUAUUAAAUAUGCAUAAAUAUAUAUUGGUAAUAACUCUAGCCUUGUCUGAUGUUUACAGAAUUGUCAUGUUUGAUCUAGACAAGAGUAUGUGUUUCUCAGACAGAACGCUCUGUUAGGGCAUUUUAACUUAUUUUUUGGUGUGCACACAAAGUCAAAUAAAUGUUGCAAGGAUGUUUACUUGUUCAAGUGGCAAGCAUGUGCUCAGGAAGCAGCAUGAGUAACUUCUGAAAAAAUAGAAAAGCAAAAUGUUGGUCACUGUUUUGAUCUGAUAAUUUUAAGGUGUUUGUAGCUUAAGGGAGGUUUCUGCAUUCGUAUUCUGGUUAGUAUGAAAGUAAACUUUAAUUUUGGGUGUAACUAAGUUACAUGAUCCUAAUGAAUAAACCUACUUUUAAAAAUAUGUCUAUUAGUUGAAGGCAAUUAAAUGAAUAGCAAAUAUUUACAUUGCUCUUUUUAUGUGGACCUAAAGUCCCUCCUAUUUUGGAGCAGAAACUUGGAGCUUAAAGCAGUUCGUGUCUGGAAGAUAAGAUGGUUGGCUCUGGUGCAGGUCAGUUGUUGUCCCUUUUCAGGAGUGAUGCCACUUCCUGGGUGAGGAACACAGAUGAUGUAGCUCCUGAUGUUGUUCUGCUGGGCAGGGGAGUGCAGCUAUGGCAGAGCUCUGCACAAAAAGGGAAAAGCUGGUGGUGUGUGUACAUUUGGAAACCUGUUCUCAGCAUUUCCAUACACGCCUGCUGGAGGGGAUGAAAACAUGACCGUUAGCAGGGGUAGGAAAGCCUUUGGAGAGGUUCAUGUAUUGCUUUGGUUUGGGAGCAGGGUUGUCUAAAGCUGCUUCUUGCAUCAGAAAUGAAAUAUUUACUUAGUGUUGUCUUAUGGUUGGGUGACUUGUGCAUAGCAUGCUAAGCACUGGCUUCCCACAAAAGUCACCAAAGGCUCUCCAGGGCGAACUCCUCUGCCCCACCCACAGGUCAGUGCCAAUUACACAUCAGUUUCGUGACACUUUGUUUCCUUCUUGCAGUGGCUAAACACUGUCUGCUUCUGUUGCAGCAUCUCCUUCCUGUUUCAUUCCUCACUGGUUUUGGGCUGCUUUCACUGCACCAUUUCCUGCCACUCAGGAACUAUGUGGCUAAAUGCCUGUUUUUCUAAUCUGUCUGCUGCUCCACUGGCCAGGCAUCAGCACCUUUCCUACCUGUGGUCAGUCCUCUCCUGCUUUUCUCUAGGCUAAAGUGGGGAGGCUUUGGGUGGGAAAAAGACGAAUUUCUACUGGAGGCCUUUUCCAUCCCUCGGCUCCCUCUUGUCUUAGGGGUUGAUGCCAGUUAUGCAUCCAUGGGAUUAUUGAUCUUCCUGUGGCUGCUCAUUUUGCCAGUGUGUGCAGAGGACCUUGCAGGGGUCACACUGGAACCAGGUAGGCUCCAGCGUUUAGCAGAUGAAGUUGCUCUUAAUGUCCCAUAAGCUUUCCUGGGCAGUUUUUACCCUGCUCUCUGUCCUUAUUGUUGGCAUGUGGGUCUUCCAUCCAUGUUCUCCCUUGGCCAUGUGACUGGUCAGAUCAGUGGGAUCUGGUGGGAUCUCUAGCUGUCUGUGCUGUGCAUAAGACUGUUUUUGAAGCAUUCCAAUUCCCAUUCCUUUUCUUAGACUGUUGUAGACUGAGUUGGCCCUUGAGACAAGAACUUCUGCCUUUGGAAUUGUUUGUUUUCAUUGCUCCCUGGAGAAAUUCCUCCAUCUUUUCUUUCUUUACUGAAUAUGGCUAAAAAAUAUUUCUGAAGUCAGUUUGAUGUCAUUGACUGAGGUGUCUGAAAGACAAAGUUGCAUGUGAGGGAAAGUGUUAGGCUGCUUGUGUCAGCAGCAAAGCACAGCUUUUUGGAUUGGAGCGGAAGGAGGAAAAGGAUACGUAGGAUACGUGUAAAGCAGAAAUGGUGUAAAGUCAGCGCUGAUUUACCUGGAGGCAUCUUGAAGUGAUGGGGGCCAAGCAGAAGAAAGCUCUGCUUGUAACCAUGUUGAUUGAUAGGUAGCAAGUGCCAUCUUGAAUAAGAAUUCUGCACUUUGAGAGUUGAAAGUGGAACUGAAGUUCGGUUGUGUGAGUUGUGAGAAGGAGGUUGCUUGCAGCAGUUGUUCAAGCUGCAGUUUGGUGUUUCUGGGUUGCAAUUAAAGAGAAACGGAUUGGGGAGCGUGUGAUGUAGGGAGGUGGCUGGAUUUUAAGAGUUUGGUGCCAGCACAUAAGGUCUCCACACUGGACAGAAAUGUGCCUGCUGUCCCCAUCCCUACAGCUAUGCCACACACACUUGCUGUGGAAGGAAGAAGCUGAGAAGAGCUGGUUCCUGACUGCAGGGGAAGCAGAGAGGGAAGACAGCAGCAGUGGUUCCCAGAGCAUGGCAAACUGGGCAUGUUGGCUCUUGGCCCUGAAGGAUUUUAAGAUGUUGAAGAUACCAGAAUCAAAGUAGAUUGGCUUCUGGUUGAUGUCUAGUUUUUGUGCUAACAGGCUCAUGUUAGCAGCAAAAGGUAUUAACUUAAAACAGUGUAGUCAAAUGGUCUGGUGUGUAAUUAAUUUGGUUUGUUUAGACAAUCCUUUUUUUUUUUUUUUUCUCAAUUUGGCCUUGUGCCAGUAUAAGUCUUCCAUGCUCCCUCAUGCGUCAUUUCUUUUUGUCCAUCAGGUCGGCAGGCAUGAUGGAGGAAGGGUUAUAUUUGUUGGGACAACAGGCAGUCCUAGUGAAAGCUCCUGUACUCUUGAAAGUUUUGCCUAAGUAAGCAAAGGCAUUGACCUGCAGCAGGUUGUGUCAGGAACUGCUGCAGAGCACGAGCUGGGCACUGAUGUACUGGCAGUGUAAUAACCUAGCACUGAGUAAAUCACCAGCCAUGUUCCUGGAUGAGACACUUUUCAUUCAAAUCCUCAGGUGGAGCAGUGGUGGGUAGGCAGCACCAUUCCUACUCUUGCACCUCCCUAGACUGAGAGCCAUGAAGGCCAGGGCUGUAAAGUGUCUAUGUACUCUGUGGUGCUA